GGCCGCGGCCGCACUGACGUAAGGGCAGCGCUCACUCCGCUGCAGCCUCCCGGCCGGGCCCAGACCAACCGAAGGGAGGGGGGAGCCGCGCGCUGGGAUUGGCUGGCCAAGCGCGAGCGCCCGCGCCGAUUGGCUGGCGAGGUUUUAGAGGGAGUCCCGCUCUCCAAUUAAAGGGCCCCGCCGCGCCGGGCUGCGAGCAGAGCUCGCCCUGGGCCAGCGAUCCUGGCCAUUCAGCCACCGCUGUCCCCGCUGCGCGCCCUCGCGCCUCUGCCUGAGAAGCCAGGCGCUGUCUGUCCACCCCAGAAGAGGAUGGCAAAGGUGGCCAAGGACCUCAACCCAGGCGUUCAGAAGAUGUCCCUGGGCCAGCAGCAGUCAGCAAGAGGUGUGCCUUGUCUGAGAUGCAAGGGGACGUGUUCGGGCUUCGAGCCACAUUCAUGGAGGAAAAUGUGCAAGUCAUGCAAAUGCAGUCAAGAGGACCACUGCCUGAGCUCGGACCUGGAAGACGAUCGGAAAAUUGGCCGCUUGCUGAUGGACUCCAAGUAUUCCACCCUCACGGCCCGAGUGAAAGGCGGGGACGGCAUCCGGAUUUACAAGAGGAACCGAAUGAUCAUGACCAACCCCAUUGCCACCGGGAAAGAUCCCACCUUUGACACCAUCACCUAUGAGUGGGCUCCCCCUGGAGUCACCCAGAAACUGGGCCUGCAGUACAUGGAGCUCAUCCCCAAGGAGAAGCAGCCAGUGACGGGCACCGAGGGUGCCUACUACCGCCGGCGCCAGCUCUCGCGCCAGCUGCCCAUCUACGACCAGGACCCCUCUCGCUGCCGCGGACUUUUGGAGAACGAGCUGAAAGUGAUGGAAGAGUUUGUGAAGCAGUACAAGAGCGAGGCCCUGGGUGUGGGCGAAGUGGCCCUCCCCGGGCAGGGCGGCUUGCCCAAGGAGGAGGGGAAGCAGCAGGAGAAGCCCGAGGGCGCAGAGACGGCCGCCCCGACUACCAACGGCAGCCUCAGCGACCCGUCCAAGGAAUACGUCUGUGAGCUCUGCAAGGGGGUGGCCCCCGCCGACAGCCCUGUGGUCUACUCGGACAGGGCAGGCUACAGCAAGCAGUGGCAUCCUGCCUGCUUCGUGUGCACCAAGUGCUCCGAGCCGCUGGUGGACCUCAUCUACUUCUGGAAGGACGGGGCACCCUGGUGUGGCCGUCAUUACUGUGAGAGCCUGCGGCCCCGGUGCUCCGGCUGCGACGAGAUAAUAUUCUCAGAGGACUUCCAGCGCGUGGAAGACCUGGCCUGGCACCGAAAGCACUUCGUCUGCGAGGGCUGCGAGCAGCAGCUGGGUGGCCGGGCGUACAUCAUCACCAAGGGUCAGCUCCUGUGCCCAACGUGCAGCAAGUCCAAACGCUCCUGAAGGGCUGUCCACCCACGGCUGGAGUCCGCAGGAUCCCACCGAGAAGUAGAGCCAAGUGUGCCAAGGCCCUCCUACGGGGCUGGCGAGACAGCCAACAAGCAACAAAAACAGUGAUCUUUUUUCAGUGGAGAUAUAUAUAUAUAUAUACACACACACAUAUUCUAGAUCGGGUGGGGAGGGAUCCUUGAGGGUCAAUAGUUUCAAAGCCGGAGACGUUCUGAGAAGUCUUAGGAUGCGGUUAUUUUGUUUUUGUUGCUGUUGUUGUUUCCCAGCUACCCACGAAACACAUCCUGCCCGGGCUCUCUAGGAGGAGUUUCCCAGAAUGCAACUCUGAGUGAUCAAAUCACGUAGCUGGAGGAUAUGCGUGCUUUCUCGUGAACCUGGGGGCUCCUCCAGGAGCCGCCUGGGAUCCCAAUGCUCGUUUGUUGCCUCCCUUUCAAAUGGAAUUUGAAUUUUAGAUAAAAAAAUGUUGGCAUGAUAAAUAUAUCAAUAAAAGUUUUACGAAGUUCGCACA